UUCUUUUUUUUUUGGUCUGAAAGAUGGAAUUUCGUAACAACCAGGCAAAUAUUAUUUUUACGGCUAAAUUAGAACUUACUUAGACGACGCAAAGGAAGGCAGAGGCGAUUGAAGCAACGAGAGUCCAAUCCAACGGGGAUGGUGGCAACAGGUGGUGAUGGAAUCAAAUUCGAAAUUGAUGAUUGAUGCCCAACCCUCAGAACUUGCCGACAACACUAGAAAACCACCAUAGAGUUGAUGACUAUUCUUUCUAGCCAUCGGGAUUGUUCACUGCCGUUGGAUUGUGUGAGGUAAGUAGCGGCUGUUUGGGGUUGGGUGCUGUGGAGACGACGGUGAUUUCUGAGAGGCAACCCACAGCAACCGCUUUGCCAGUUCUUUAGAAUUUUCGGAGAGGAGGAGAGAGGUAUGAAUAAGGCAGUGGAAGAGGGAGUGGAACCUCCACUCAAGGCAUUUUUGGAUGGAAAACGCGGGAAAAAAACGAAGGCGAAGAGAAAAAGCAAAGCAACAACAUCAAAGGAUCAUAACACAGAGCUAGAGCCAGUUCAAGCUGCCCCAGAGCCAGUUCAAAUUGAGCCAGAGCCAAUUCAGAUUGAGCCAGAGCCAAUUCAGAUUGAGCCAGAGCCAGUUCAAAUUGAGCCAGAGCCAGUUCGGAUUGAGCCAGAGCCAGUUCAGAAUGACGAAGAGAGCUCAAGGGAUGGUCCUAGGGUUAGUGUUUCGAUGUUCGAUGACUCGGUGGAGAAUCACUUCAGAGUCAUGGACACCAUUGCCAAGCUCUGUGGCGAGGCUGAGGAGGAUCAUCGAAUCGAAGACAGUGAGAUUCAAAGCUUAUCGUCCCCGAUCACUUUCUUAAGGGAAUGGGCAGAUUUUAAAUAUGAACCUAGAGAUGUUCGAUUUGCUUGUGGAGGUGGAAGCCCUGAUGGGAAAGAUGUUGUCACUGGGAUAACCUUGCGUCAGUAUUCUUCUGCGACAGUUCCCAAGAAGGAGGCACUUUCUGGGGACACAUCAUCUCCAGAGUUGAGCCAAGACUUUGUGAUGUAUGUUGGAGGGCCUGUUUGGGCAUUGGAUUGGUGUCCUAGAGUCCAUCAAAGUCCUGACUAUCAUCCAAAAUGUGAGUUUGUUGCUAUUGCUGCUCAUCCUCCUGGAUCUUCUUAUCACAAAUUAGGCCAGCCACUAACUGGAAGAGGUGCGAUUCAGAUAUGGUGUCUUCUAAAUGUUGGUGUAAAUGAGGAAAACAGUCAUCCCAUAGGGGAAAAGCCAAAGCGGGAGCCUAAAAAAAGUGGAACCAGAGAAGAAAAUCCAACAGAACCAAAGAGACCGAUAGGAAGACCUAGAAAGAAGCCAUUAGAAGAAAAAUCAACUGAACCAAAAAGGCCUAGAGGAAGACCUAGAAAGAAUCCAAUUGAAGAAUCUGUUGACAAAGAUGCCACAGAAGAAAAAUCAACUCGACCAAAGAGGCCUAGAGGAAGACCUUUAAAGAAACCAAUAGAAGAAUCUGUUGACAACUUGGAUGGGAGCAGCAAUUUUGUUGAGGCUCUUUCCAUUCAAUAUCCAGAGGGAUCACCGGAGUUGCAUUCAACGGGUUGUGUUCCUGCAAAUACCCAAGAGCAUGAUAAAAAACGAAAAAAUUACAAACAUGCAGCAUCUGAAUGUAAUCCAACUCUGAAAUCAUAUGCUCGGAGGAGAAAGUUGAAUGAUAUGGAAAGCGCAGGGAGUAAUAACAAUUAUAUGUGUCCACCAUUGUUGAAUCAAAAUGAAGAGAACGGACCACUUGUUUCAGAUUAUCAUAUACAGCAGAGUUCUGGACAGGAUCCUCAAACAAGUAAUAAUGUUCAAGAUAAUGAUUACCCUAAAAUUAGCUCAACCAAGUGUUCAGUUCCGGAGGAUGUAGCAUUGCCAAGAAUUGUAUUAUGCCUAGCUCACCAUGGAAAGGUUGCAUGGGAUGUGAAAUGGCGUCCUCCUAGUGAACAUGAUUCCAAGUGCAAGCAUCGAAUGGGCUAUCUUGCUGUGUUGUCAGGAAAUGGAUCUCUGGAAGUGUGGGAUGUUCCUCUUCCUCAUGCAGUUGAAGUUAUUUAUUCUUCUUCUUCUUGUCGUGAGGGCACAGAUCCUCGCUUUAUAAAAUUAGCACCAGUUUUCAGAUGCCCAAUGUUGAAGUGUGGCAGUGAAAAGAGUAUCCCUCUUACUGUGGAAUGGUCAGCUUCGCCAGCUCAUGAUUACUUACUUGCCGGAUGUCAUGAUGGAACUGUUGCUUUAUGGAAGUUUUCAGCAAGUAAUGCAUCUCAAGAUACAAGGCCUUUACUUUGCUUCAGUGCAGAUACAAAUCCUAUUAGGUCACUUGCUUGGGCCCCGGUUGACAGCUAUUCAGAGGGCGCAAAUGUUAUAGCUACAGCUGGACAUGGAGGCCUAAAAUUUUGGGACCUGCGUGAUCCAUUCCGUCCCUUGUGGGACCUUGAUCAUUUACCAAAGUUCAUAUAUAGUCUAGAUUGGCUUCCAGAUCCAAGGUGUGUUAUUUUAUCCUUUGAUGAUGGAACAAUGAAAGUUAUCAGCUUGGUGAAGGCUGCAUCUGAUGACCCGGUAACAGGAAUGGCUGGAACAAAACAACCGGGCCUGCAUAAUCUUAGUUGUUUGCCUUUUGCUAUCUGGAGUGUUCAUGUAUCACGACUAACAGGUAUGGCUGCAUAUUGUGGUGCAGACGGAACUGUUCUCCGCUUCCAGCUUACGUCCAAAUCUGUGGAGAAAGAUCCUAGACGACACCGGGCCCCACAUUUUCUGUGUGUGUCACUGACAAUGGAGGAAUCUGCUGUAACCAUCAAUACUACAGUAUCAAACACCCCUUUCCCAUUGAAGGUCGUUCGUAAUAACCCUGAGUCAAACAAGGUGAAAAGUGCAAAUGAUAAGAUGGCAAAAGAUAGUGCAUCUGAAGAUCAAACUUUAGCUCUUUGUUAUGGUGUUGAUCCGGAUAUCCAAUCGGAAUAUGGGGAAAAAGUGGCAUCGCUCAAAAGAAAAAAAACACAGAAAUCUGGGUCUAGUGAGACAAUGCCAGAGGAUGACCUAGCAUUGAUAUGCGUAGAUGAAGAGCCGACUAGUACCCAGGAACAAGAAAUUGGGGAAAAAGUGGCUUCUGUCAGAAGCAGAAAAACACAGAAGUCUAGGUUUAGUAAGAAAAAACCAGAUGACCUAGCAUUGGUAUCCAUAGAUGAAGAGCCGACUAAUACUCAGGAUGAGGAAACUGGGGUGGCUUCUCUCAAAAGUAAGAAGACACAAAAAUCUAGGUCUAGCAAGAAAAAUCCAAAUGAUGGCCGAGGAUUGGUAUGCAUAGGUGAAGAAGAGCCAACUAAUACUCUGGAGGAAGAAAUUGGGGUGGCUUCUCCGGAAAGCAAAAAGAAACAGAAACCUAGGUCUAGUAAGAAAAAGCCAAAUGAUCACCAGGAUUUGGCAUGCAUAGAUGAAGAGCCGAUUAAUACUCAGGAAGAAGAAGCCGGGAAAGAGCUUGAAAUCUUUCCUAACAAAAUAGUAGCAAUGCAUAGAGUGAGGUGGAACAUGAACAAAGGUAGUGAGAGAUGGUUGUGCUAUGGAGGGGCAGCCGGACUUGUUCGUUGUCAAGAGAUUGUUUUGUCUGACACUGAAAAAGCAUGGGCAAUGAAGAGAUGAGAAGCCAAGUUUCUUGUACAUUCUUGUUCUUUUAAGCCCCUAUUUAUGUUCAAUUGGGCAGGUUGACAACGAAGAGAUGAGAUUCAAAGGCGGCCAAUUUAACGAAAAAGCAUUAUGGGACAUCUGAGCAUUAUCCUAGAGUUUCCAGCCGAAUGAUGGUUGUAACUUGUUAAAAAAUAAAGGAAAUAAUAGUUCUCUCUUGUAUCACCAGAUUUAACGAAAUAGCAAAAGAGAUUAUGAAAGUAACUUAUGGAAGAAAGAAAAAAUGUAACCAAUUGUUUAGAGCUGUUAGUUUAUCUCU